AAUCUUUCGGUUUAGCGGAUUGAGAAAUGUGAUCGGCGUGGCGUUUGUUCCUUCAAAUUAGAGCAUUGAGACUGAGUUGGAACCUCAGCUUCGAAACCUCAUUCUUAAGGAACGUCCUCAGCAUCAGCUGGGCUUGUGACCUUAUUUUCAUAAAUACCUGUGAUCCCAGCAACAUCCCAUCUCCCCUUCCUUCUUUCUCAGCCAUCCACUUUCUAUCUUGAUCACUUUCUCUACAUCUCGACUCAGUUUCAUUCUCAAAUCAUCAUCACCAUCUUGAUUAUUUCCAGAUUCCUUUCAUCAUGACUCUACAACAACAUCAUUCCCAAACCAACAUGAUCUCAUCUACCCCAACACCGUCUCCCCAAGAUCCCUUUCAAACUCCACACCUACACUGCUAUAACCCUACAUCAACACCCACACGAUUCCGGCCAACUCCAACAAAGCAAUUUUAUUUCAAGAUUCACACUCAGAGGCUUUACUCUAAAAAAGUUCAUCCUAAGACGGCAAAUUCAAUUGGGAUGGCCAAUCCAAAUCAAAGGCUUUUACUCACUGCUUCGGCAAAACAUACUUAUCGACCAUCGAGGAUCGAAGGUGGAAUUGAGGUGGUCAAAAGACUUUAUCAAAUCCCUUCACCAAUCCCUUUAUCCGAGAUCCCUGAUCUCAGAGUGACUGAGGAGGAACCUUUGAGUGACCCUUUCGCAGCUUUGAUGGCUGCUGUGAACUACGCAAGCUCCUUUGAAACCUCGCUUCAGGUUACCCCUGCCGUCCUAGUUCCUGAGUCUCCAGACACCACCACCACACCUAACUCUUGUCACAAACGCAAGGUGUCUGAGUCAUCAAUCGAGCCGCCGUCAUCAAAACGUCAGAAGGGGAAAACAGUCGGCGCAACAACCCAUCAAAUCCUUCGUCUUCGGGGCUCACUGGACAGAGUUCAGACCCGGAGCAUGACAAGGAAACUACUUGAAGAGGGUGUCUGACUUGUGAAUGCAAAGUAUAGCCAGUCUCUGCAGUAGGUGGAAUCACGCCACCGAGUCUCUUCCGAUGGUCAAAAACCGUGGUAUAAGGAAAACUACGGAGCACUCCCUCAAACACUCUUAGCUAAAGUCAGCUAUACGAGGGAGGAUUACUAGUAAUAAUUUUUAGGCAGGCAGUUUUUAGUCUUUGCGUCAUUUGUAGGAUGAAGUGGAUGUAGAACAUAGUAAUAGUAUAUAGCCUUUUACCAUUCUUUGAGGCUUGAGGAAUUGUAUAAGUUUUUUUUUGUUCUUUGUUCAGAUUUGUUGAGCGUUUAGUUUGAACCAUUUUCUGGAUCUUCGACUCCCGAUAACAAUAACUUGCCUAGUGUUAUUGCUUAUUCUUGCAUGUAUGUAGUUUAAGCUGGUAUUGCAAUAAUGGGCGAGUAUCUCAUGACCUCGCGAAUAUCAAAAAAUUAAUUAAAUCG